GGGGGGGGGGAGAGGGCGAUGUUUCUGGAUGACAAUCUCUCCCGUCUUCCUCAGCUUCACGCCAGGCGAGAUGACUAUGACUUUGACCUGACGGACCCCUGUGGUCACCAGAUGUCCACAGAGUACAACCUCCUUCACGACCCCCAUCUCAAACCGUUCUUCAGCAGCCCGUACGUCAAGCAUAGACUCAUCAAGAACGGCUUUAUCACGGAGGACGGGAAGGUACUGUGCACUCUGAAGGAGUUUAAUCAGUACAGACAGUACUUACGGAAGAUUAGUCUGGAUCAUUACAGACAUGAACGGCGUAGACAGCUGGAAAGUUCUGUUUUGGCGCGGGAGCGUGCAGAACAGAAAAAGAAGGAAGAACAAGCUCAGUCGAAAUCAUUACAGAUCAUCAAGGAACGAAGGGAAAAGGCGAAGGAGGCUCGACAAAAGCUCAGGGAAGAGGAGGAAGCUGCCAAGCGCAGGUACAUGGCGAUGAUGAAGAGGGAUGCUAUGAAGAGAAACGUGCUUCAGAUGGAGAAGACUCUCAAUCAAGAUGAACAUCGAAAGCAAAAAGAGAAGGAGUGGGAAAAUCAACGGUUCAAGUUUCAGUUGAAACAAGACAAGGAUCGGCGGCGGCGGAAGAAGGACCUGGAGUUGUGGAAGGCGGAGGAGAAGGAGAGACAGCGGCGGCUGGAGGAGCGCAGGCGGCAGGAACAGAAAGAGAAAGAGGCGAAGGCAAUGGAACACUUUGUGGAGCAUGCGCGGUUACGUUCGAUGCAGCGUGAGGAGAUGUUACGUGUUGAGGAGGAGGAGAGGGUGAGGAGACAGGAGAACAUCCGGGCCCGCGAGGCCGCCAUCCAGGCACAGCGCCAGAAACAGUACGAACUUUUCUUGAAGAGAAAGCAGCGCCAACAGGAGCGUCGAGAGCACACCCAGAAGACUCUGCUGCAAAUGUGGAGAGACAAAACUAAAGCAGGCCAGGGUGAGAGUACCGAGGUCGGGACAGGCGGCAGGGCCGGGCUGUUCUCCCGCUUCAUGGGCGUUACGGAGAGCGACGAGCCCGCAAAGGCAGAAGCCGAGAAGAGGGGAAUGGGUCUAAACCUGGGCAAACUCGUAGACCGCGCCAUAGACCAGACUAUGGAAGACUUCGAGACAGGUCCGCCCCCAUCGCAGGAAGGACCUCUAGCGGAACAAACUGAAACUGAAAGCUUAGUAAGAGAGCCCCCUGCGGCUGACAAACAGGAGAAGCCGGCCACCAGGAAAACCGUAAAAAUAAAGACUGGUAUAAAAGGCUUGAAGAGAUCGUUCAAGCAAAAAAUGGCCAAGGACUUCGCACGCCUCCAGAGCGAGUUUCCCGGAGCAAAGCUGAUCGACAUGGAUGAGAUGGCGAGACAGCAAGAAGAGAAGACUAGACAGGCUGAGAUGUUGAGGAUACAGCUUCAAACAGACUUCCCCGGGGCGGACGUGUCUUUAUGGGAGGAGGAGGAAGAAGAAGAGGAUGACGAGAUGGUGAAGGAAGUUGAACUCCAGCAGGCGCUGUCCCUCUCACAAACCACCCUACUGCACAUGCGCGCAGCUGAGAUUGUUAGGGCUGUCAUGGAAACCGUCUCCAAGGUGAUAAUACCACGGAUGGUGAGCGAGGACAAAUUUAGGAUCAUUUCCAGCCAGACUGACUCAGAUACGGACAUUGCAAAGCAGACAGCACGAGAGUUUGUCCCGUGGGUGAUCAAGGGUGUUCAGCGGGACCUCCGGGGGUCCGGGACCCGGGAACCCAGCAUGUCGGACACGCGGGUCCUCAGCAAGGUGGCCAGUGACAUGGUGGUCUCAGCUCUGGAUAAGUUACAGACAGACGUCAGCACACACCGAGUCAGCCGAGCAGCAAGUCAGCUAGUGUCCUCUGUUAUCGAUGGGGUCAAGAAGGGGCUUUCCUCGGAGGACAUGGAAGUAAGGAAAUCCACGUCUGACAGUAGCCUUCUCAGUAAAACAGCACGUGACAUCGCGACUGAUGUGAUUGACGGUGUGACGAAGGAGCUGACGGGACAGCGUGCAGAUUUGUCCGCCAUGUUCCCCACUAAGUCGUCCUCCGACACAUACCUCCUCAGUCGCACGGCGAGUCGCGUUGUUUCGUCUGUGGCUAGCGCAGCUAAAAAACCUUCAAAAGUUCAGCUUGCCGUUUCUGAGUCUGGCUCCGUACGGCAGAUGGCCACGCAGAUCACGUCAUGGGUUAUCGAUAGGGUGCGCCAGGACAUGGCGGACGGGUCAUCAGAGGCGUCCGCGGAGAGUUUCGACGAUAGCUGUCUGGAGCGAGAAUUACUCCGGACGAUGCGUGCCGACUCCACGCCUGUGGAGGAACCCUACUCCAGACCGUUAUCUCCGGAACCGUCCAGCGACGCCGAAAUAUCUCGGGCAGGAUCCAAACAGAGCACCGUCUCAAAGAUGCAAAAAACAUCCACAAGCAAAAUCACUUCGAGACGCGUUUCUAAGGAGUCAAUCAGAGUCUCCGCCAGGGCGUCCUCUUCCCUGGGAGCAGUGCGGUCAACGUCAUCAUCCAGCCACAAAGUCAGACUUUUGGCGCCGACAUCCCGGACAAGUCUCAAGACAUCACCGGUAACAUCAAAGGUACAGCCCUCCCCCCAAACAUCCAAAACCACAGCGACGCCAACAAGAAAGCUGUCCAGAACCUCCAGAGAAUCUGUUACCAGUCUCUCCAAGAAACCCAAAUCUGACAGUGCCGUGCAGAAAACGUCAAAGGAACGGACGUCCACGUCUCUAAGCGGCCGCACCAUGUCGCCCGACGCAGUGUCAACGGACAAACCAGCAAAGGCUGCUCCAUCUAAGGAAGAAAAAAAUUCUGCCAAGAAACUUGCGUCAACAACGCAAGCUUCUUUAGAACAUAAAGAACCUGUCAAAACAACUUCUUUACCACCGGAGCAGACGACCUUCAAGGCUUCUCCGAAGUCAUCGGCUUCUUUGGACAAACAGCCGUCGACAAAGUCACAGAAGAGCAAGGGAUUCGGAAAGACUUCCAGUGAGUCUAAUGGGUCGGCAAGAAGGCCUUCUAUAUCUGCUCCUCGUUUAAACGCCAGGCGGUCUAGUUCGAAAAAUGUCCAAGAAACAACUUCUUCGCGUAGUAAGUCGAGUGGAGGAGUCGUAGUGCGCAGUGGGCCGUCAUUGCCAGGAGCAGAUGUUAAGGAAACACAGGAAGGAGCGGAGUCAACAGAUUCGGAUAACAGAGUUGUAAAGACGGCACCGUCGACUCCAGUUCCCGAAGACGAUUCCCAGCUGGCCGUGGAUGCCGCGAUGCCGUCGUCACUGUCGGAAGGUAGCGUUAAAGCCAAGACGUCUAGAUCUGUAAACAAAGUAGAUUCCACUCAAAGCGCCUGGAGUGCGACACCUUCCAGAAAGACGCCGUCACAAUCUUCGUCUCUUACAAAAUCACGUGACAAACAGUCAACUCUGAUGUCACCGUCUGAAACAAAGGUUUCGCCAAGGAAGUCCAGGUCAAAAACCACGUCACAAACAGGCAUUGUUACUUCACAACUGGGUUCAAGUUCGAGAACGCCAUCCGUCGACAAACCGUCUUCCAGGUCCAGUAUCAAGGCCAGUUCAUCCAAAUCAACGUCAGAAGUAACAGCAAAAACGUCAUCCCGCUCAAGUGGUUCCGGUCUGCUGCAAAGGACCAGGUCGGGGGGAGUCAAGAGUACCGCUACGCCUACUGCGCAGACGAAGUCGGAGCUAGGUGUCCGCUUGAAAGCUUCACGAUCAGGUGGUGGGAGCAAAGCGUCGUCAACUCAAGCUGGCAAAGCAUCAUCCACACAAGACGCUUCGAAACGGUCCUCCGACACAUUAUCUAAAAGUAAAUCUUCGACCUCGAACGUAAAAACUUCACAAUCAAAAAGCAAAGAAAGCAUCAAAGAUAAGACAGGAACUAGUGUUGAAUCUGAAGCUCCCAAAUUUGAGGAGAUGGAAGGAGUUCUUGAUGAAGAUUUGCACCUUGAUGAAGACGAGGAGAGAGACUUCGGAGGGGACAGCGAGGACCCUCCUGCCGAGGACAUGCAGCUGUUGGGGGAAGGGGAGGAGAUGAGCGACGUCGAAGACGAACAGGUGGUGACAGAGACGGAAAAUGUCGUCAUUAAAAAGAGGAGAGAGAGUCUUGUGGGCGCGUUGACUGAGGAGGAGCCAAAAGCAACUAGUGGAUCCAAAGCGUCGAUGAAAAGUUACCGAAGACACAGUAUCGCCGGGUCGUGUGCCACCAUGGAGGCCGCCUCGGACCGGAGUGACCGGAGUGAGUUCGCCCCGCUGGCGCCCACCCUGCAGGGUCGUGCCGUAGAGCUAGAUGACGACCUUGAGGAGAACCUGUCGGCCAUCUCCGUCAAAGCCAGUUUCCAGGACAGGAUGCAGGACGAGAUAACACCCCGCAACUCUUUCAGAUGUCUACAGAGACCGGAGCUGUCCAACGCGCAGGGCCUAGAGAGAGAGGAAUCCCUGAGGUCCCUCAUUACGAAGCGGCGCAUGUCCAUGCCAUCAGGGGCUACUCUCGCCUCUUUCCGCGCGCAAAACUCCUCAGAGGACGUCGUUCAGGUCAACACCAUGUUUGACGUUGGCGAGUUUUCCCGAGGGGUUCGGCGGUACUCGGAAGUGCCGAAGUCCGUCGUCACUCCUGGGCCCGAGGUCGACUCUUCGACAAGCCUGGAAAAAAUCCCCGAAUCCAAGGAGAACAAGACUUAAUGUCGACAUGGGGAAAUGGCGUUUGGGCGAUCGUGCUGCGACUUUGCUGGGAGAUAAAUUUGAUUCUCGUAACCUUUGAUUUCACAAUUAUCGGAAUACCAUGCAAAAUAUUGAAGUAUAACUGUAAAGACAGCAACACACAUUGCAAUGUUGGGAGAUAAGUCACAAGCUUUAGGCCGCAGCGCGAUCGUAACGAGGUCAACGUUCUAGUGGAGGAAUGGGAUUGUUACGAAUCGGAGAAUGAUUAAGGGUAUCAUUUAUGUGAUGAUGGUUGCACACAGUUCAGGUGUGCCCCAUAUUGUUGUUUAUGUUUCCUUUGCAGUAGGAAAAUGAUAUGUUUGAUUCAGAAUUCACUGCCAUAAAAUUGUUUUGCGAUGCUUUUCAUAGUUCCAUUUUCAGUAUUUAGUACGGAUUUGCGGUUUUGCUAAUAACAGCCCCACAAGUAUUUGCAUAAAAGAACUA